ACCUAUAAAUCCCAUUGACCCCCCAAUCCUUUCUCUCACCUUAACCUCAACCUCAACCUCCCUCUCUCAAACUACUUCCUUAUCAUAUAGUAUCUUUUCUUUCCCCUGUUACAUCCCCUUCCUCUUAGCUAGUCCUAACACACACACACACACACACAUCCAAAAUUCCAAAAUUCCAAAUGGCUGUCUCUGGUUUUGAAGGGUUUGAGAAAAGAUUGGAGCUUCAUUUCUUUGGUGAUGAUCCAGCCAUGUUCCCACUUGGUCUAAGGAAGCUUGAGUUCGACUCAAUAGAACAAGUCCUUGAAGCUGUCCAAUGCACUGUGGUUUCAGCAGUUGGAAACUCAUACUUUGAUGCCUACGUGUUAUCAGAAUCAAGCCUCUUUGUUUACCCAACAAAGAUCAUCAUCAAAACUUGUGGCACAACCCAACUUCUGAAAUCCAUUCUUCCCUUGAUCCACUACGCUGAUCACCACUUAGGCCUCACCCUCUCCUCUUGCCGCUACACCAGAGGAAGCUUCAUCUUCCCCAAAGCACAACCUUUCCCUCACACCAGCUUCAAGGACGAAGUCACCUACUUGCAAGACACAAUACCUUCAAGCCUCUGCUUCAGAAAAGCCUCCAUCAUGCCCUCCAAAUCCUCCUCUCACUCAUGGCACGUUUUCACUGCCAAUGACAACACACACACACACACCCACUCUCCCAUGCCUUAUGAUCAUGACAAUGAGUUAUUAUUCACCAUGGAGAUCUGCAUGACCGAGCUGGACCCCAUCCUGGCCCGCAAGUUUUUCCGGCGACCGGACGACGAGAAAUCCGGAGACUCUGCCGGGAAGGAGAUGACGGAGCUCACCGGAAUAAACGAAAUAAACCCGGACGCACUUAUAUGCGACUUUGCGUUCGACCCAUGUGGGUAUUCGAUGAAUGGCAUGGACGGGGACUGGUACUCCACCAUCCACGUGACUCCAGAGGACGGUUUCAGCUACGCGAGCUUCGAGUGUGUGGGCUCCGUCGACAACGGCAACAUAGGACACGUAUUGAUGAAGGUGGUUCAGAUUUUCCGUCCUGGGACUAUGUCCAUAUCGACCACGUGCAAUGGCUUCAGCAGCAACGACGUCAUGUGGACGGAGAUGGCAAGCGCGGUGGAGCCUCUCGGCUUCAAAUGUAGGAGUUGGGCAAUGGACCAAUUCCCUAACGCGGGUACCGUUGUGUUUCAAACGUUCACUUCUCGCCGGAAAAGUGUUUAAAGCCGGAGAAAUUAAAAUAAAGCAGAGCGACGGUGGCGGCGGCGGUGAAAAAGAAAGAUAUAAUAGGUAGGAAGUUAGAGUUAGUUGAAAAUUGUAGGGGGUGGUGACGUGACAGAAUGCGAUUGGUUGUGAAAGAUGAUGAAUGUGGGAUUGACUGAUAGAAGUGGGUGGUAAGUAGAGGAGGAUGGAGAUGGAGGAGGGAUUCAUUCAUCUUUGGAAUAUAAUCAAAAAAGGGUUGGGAUACUGGGAUGAUCAUGAUAAUGCACCCCACUUAGGCUUGUCACGCCUAAGAUUUUUGGAGAUGUGUAGUGGGUGUAAAAGUGCUCUUGUUUCAGCUUAUAUUCAACCUUUUUUUUCUUUUCUUUC